AUGGGACUACACGUGCAAACACUACUCAACCCUUCCGAUGAUUCUCCAUCAAGAAGUUCGAUACCCGAGACGCCAUCAUCGGCUAGGUAUCCAUCUGGCCUCUCCCAGUCGUCUCAGCAGCAUGGUGUUCUACCUCCGCUCAACCAAGGGUUCGACAAUCGGCUCAGUAUCGAUGCCGGCUCUCAUUUCGACUCUCGACGCAGCAGCGUAGACAGUCGGAUGAACGCUACCAUGGGGCAUCUGUCCAUUCACCCGCAGUCACCAUACGAAAGCCAAAACGCAUCCCGAGUCUCACUUGUCUCGAACCUCCAGCAGCAACGCGGCAUCACAAAUGCUGACUCGCGACCCAACGGCACUUCUCCUCUGUCACCUAAUCGUGCUGCCCCGCGUGCCAACCAUCCCCCAAGACGUGCCCCGGUCAUCAACCCCAACCCCAGAAGCGUGUCUGGCAUGCCAGACCCUAUGGCGGCGGCUCCAACCAAGGGUUUUGCUUGGGCUUUUCCCGCAGAUGAUUACGACCAUGAGGAGAAGAGAACGUCUAGUAGCGGUGAGUCUAGCAUAGACCGAUCCAACGCCCCUUCGCGUCAAGGCAGCUUCGCGACGUCGGUCAACAGUAGCAUCUUCACCACAGACUCCAAGCUACCACCUGGUCAACAACGACUGAAUGAUGGCACGCCUCCCUACUCUCAUCCUACAUCAGACGUACUGACUAGUUCAGACAUCCCUAGCACUCAUCAUCACUCCAUGCAACAUCGCAGUGUGACUAGCCUGCAAAAUGUUGAUCCCACCAACCCGCUUGCGCCUGGCAGUGGAAGUUACAGCAGGACCCCCGAGCUUCGCGUCAGCCACAAGAUGGCGGAGAGGAAGCGGAGAAGUGAGAUGAAGAACUUGUUCGACGAUCUCAAUGGUAUCCUUCCCAACAGCCCAGGCAGCAAGUCAAGCAAAUGGGAGAUUCUCACCAAGGCCAUUGAAUACGUCACAAGCCUGAGCCGCGCACAUCAAAGCGCUCGCGAAGAGAUCAGCCGCUUGCGACCCGAUGCAGAAUACUGUCGUCGGGCUCAGGAGGAGAAUGAGCUGCUCCGAGCUGAAUUAAACGCUGUGUGGAACGCUCUUCGUCGCGUCGAUCCAUCCAACUCUCAUGUCUACGGAAGUAUGACAGGCCAGUUCGCACAGGGACAACCCGCAACUCCUGCGUCUGGAACCAACGUGCUUCCACCAUUACAGCAGCAGCAGCAACAACAGCAACAACAGCAACAACAACCACAACAGCAGCAGGGCCUCUCGCAACAGUCACCACCAUCGCAGGCUCAGUGGGGACCACCGCCACAUGGAGGCUCCAUGCAGGGACCGAUGCAAGGCGUCGAGUUUGGCGGUAUGCGGCCUUAUGAGCACCCUCAUCGUUGA